AUGCCUCCAAAAAGAGGGAAGAAUCGGCGAAAGACUCCUGUAGGAGACACCGUGGCCACAGAGCGAGAGCAGCCACAGCGGCCGCGUAGAGGAGUGAGAACAAGAACAGGUUCAGACAACAGCGAUGUUCAGCCCCCAGCGUCACGUACAAAAACGGAGACUGCUAAUAAACCCAGGUGGACUCUCGACAGCACAGUGGAGGAAGUUCUGCUACAAGGAAAUCUUCCUCCGGCGAAUAUGAAGCUGAAAGACUUUCUUACCGAAUACCUUGAUGGCAUGGGUGUCGAGGAAGUGAAUAAGAAUGCCAGUAUGGAUGCGUUUGCUAUCAGACCAACGAGAUAUAUAAAAGACGAGAGGCUGUUGAACGUCAUACUUGCGAUGCCAACAUGUCAGGUGUACGAACUGCAAAACAAAGGCGUAUAUUCUCUCCGACAGUGGGACGUGUAUGAUAAAAAGGAGCAAGUUAUCCCUUUGGUGAGGGGAGUGUUAAAUUCAGCCCUUGACGCAAUACGGAGCUAUGAGAAGAAGGAGGAACGUCGACGAAAACUGAGGGAAGAAGAGCAACGCCAAAAAGUAGGGGAAUCUCUGUCAGGUGCCUACGAGUCUGUAUUUAAUGCUACAUGGAACCAUGUGAUGAAAGUCCCUGGUGACAGUGAAGGAGUCGGAAUGAGGGUGAGGAAAGGCAAACCGUCGAGGGAAUGGACAGACAAAGAGGUGGGCUAUGUUCCUCUUGGUGGUGCCGUGGGUACUAACGGGAGUAACGCAAAUAGGGAGAAUAUGGCGAAGACGAAGGAACCACGUGAGAACGAAGAGGGCACCAGUGCAGAGGGGAUGGCGGAUCCGAACAAACCACCUGCUGAGCUAAUGGUGCUCAAUUCUGAAAAAGGCUGGCCGUACACGUGGUUAAUGCCAGAAGCCAGUUGCGACUGCCACAUCGGCCGCGAGAUGGAACGUGUUUGGCGCAUCAUUAAGCGUGAUGUAGACGAAUGGUUUGAGAGUCGUGGUGGGGACGAUGAGGGACCGAAAAAGCGUCUUUUGAUUGGCACACCUGGUAUAGGGAAAUCAAUGGGGACUGGCUCGUAUCUCCUCUACCAACUGCUGCACUAUGACAAGGAACGACUUCCUCUUGUUGCAUACUUCAUUAAAGAUUUCGUGUAUAUCUUUGACAAAACCAAAGGUGAAGGACAAGGACGCGUGGGGUACUACGAUAACCUCGAAGAGGGAAGGCGUGCUGUGGUAGACCUCUCUCUUACUGUGAGGGGAUACAUAAUCUACGAUGUGGCAAAGCAAGGAAGUGAACCUCACCACGCUUUACCUCCAAAGGGAUGGGGCAUUUUUGUUUUGAGCUCUCCAAACAAGGACAACUUCAAAGGAUGGGAGAAGCAGUGGGGAGCAAGGCGUAUCAUAAUGAAUUGCCCU